CAUCAUCAUCAAUAUUUGUGCCAUCUUUUUAUGAAAUCGAAAAUUUUGUUGUUCUUUUUUUCUACCAUUCAUUCCAUGUAUAACAGCAUAAUUUAAUCAAUCAACUAGACUCAACAAAAAAAAACAAGAUGAGUGCCUUAUAUAAUUCACCAUCACCACAGCCAUUAUUACAAUCACCAUUACCACCACCAUCUUCAUCAUCACAUUAUGGUGGUGGUAAUUCCGGUUCAUCAUCGGCGGCUGCUGCUGCCGCCGCUGCAGCUUCAACGGUAGCACAUCAUCAACAACAACAAUAUUGCCUUAAAUGGAAUAAUCAUCGUAAUAAUAUGGUCAAAGUGUUCAAUGAAUUAUUAAGUGAUGAAAAUUUUGUCGACGUUACAUUAGCAUGUGAUGGUGUUAGUAUAAAGGCACAUAAAUUAGUACUAUCAGCAUGUUCAACAUAUUUUCGUGAUUUAUUUAUCAAUAAUCCAUGUAAACAUCCGAUUGUGAUAUUGAAAGAUAUCAAUUAUGAAGAUCUACAAGCAAUCAUUAAUUUUAUGUAUUCAGGUGAAGUAAACGUAUCAUAUUCACAAUUAGGACCAUUAUUGAAAACGGCUGAAGCAUUAAAAAUUAAAGGAUUAACCGAUGUUAAUGAAAAACAUGGUAAUGCUUUUUUCAAUGGUAUUGGUGGUAAUGGUGGACCAUUGGCUGGCCAAUUUCCUUCCAACGAUAUACCUGGUUCACCAUAUAUUCCAAAUGGAACAACAACGCCUACAGGUGGUGCGAAUGAUUCAGUGGCUAAUUUUUAUAAUCGUAUGGCAUUAGAAUCAUUAACAAAUCAAGCAAUAGCUGCAAGUAGUGGCAAUGUUAGUGAUGGGACAAAUACCGGUAGCGGCGGAAAUGGUGAACCAUCGAAUGCCUAUCUAGCAUUUAUGGCACAAAGAUUUAAAAAACGACGAAAAAAACAUAAAAAUGGAAGUGCCAUGGCAUUAGCCAAUGUAUUUAAUGCAAAUGGUGUUGCAGCGGCAGCUGCAUUCAAUUCAUUAGCCGCAGCAGCUGCAGCGGCAGCUGCUGCUUCUUCCUGUGCCGGUUCUAAUACAACCAAAGCAACAACCACAAAUGGAUUUGGAUCAUCACCACCGACGACGACAAAACGUCAUCAAUCAUUAUCAUCAUCAAACAAUGCCAAAAUGUUAAUGUUUAAUAGACAACAAUCUACGAAUAAUCAUAAUCAUAAUCAUCAUAUGGAUCAUCAUGGUGGUCGUCAUAAUGGUAACGGUAAUGGUGAUCAUAAUCAUCAUAAUAAUGACAACGAUGAUUUAGGCAUAGAUAGUGGUGAUGAGUCCAUAUCAAAUCUAUCAUUACCAUCGAAACGUUUAAAAGAAUCCAACAUGAAUGAUUCAGAUUCAUUUAAUAAUAAUUCAGAUAAUAAUGGUCAUAAUAAUAAUAGUAAUCAUCAUCAAAGAUCAUCAUCAACACCACCACAAUCAAUGAUCAAUGGUAAUACUCAACAUCAACAUCAAGAUGAGGAUCAAGAAGAUGAUGGAGGCGAUGAUGUAGAUGAUGAUGAUGAUGAUGGUGGUGGUGGUGGUCAACAUCAUAGUCAUCAUAUGUUGGCUACAAAUGGGGAUACAUCAUCAAAUAUUGGCGAUAAUGAAAAUGGUGAUUCAAUGGCACAAGAUGCAAUGAUGAUGUCAAUGAAUGAUUCGGAUGAUGAAUUUUAUCCGGAUGUAAAACCAAUAGUAUCAUUGGAUGAAUCACCAUCGCCAACCAAUUCAACAAUGGAUGAUAAUUCAUCAUUUAAUUCAAGUUCAUUUGCUGCCGCCGUUGGUCCUAUAUUGGAAAAUUCAUUGACCGGAUCUAAUAGUACGCCAAAUAAUUCAACCAAAGUUUGUGUAUGCCAUCUAUGUCAUUUAACAUUUACAGCAUACAGUAGUCUACGACGACAUAUGACACGUCAUUAUGCGGAUCGUGAACGUUAUGAAUGUGAUAUUUGUUUAAAAUCAUAUUCAAGAAAAGAUUAUCUUAAAGAACAUAAAAAACUAAAACAUUCAGAUGUGGCCAAAGUAAUGUCAUCACAACGUGGUCAAAAAUCUCAUCAUAAUCAUCAUCAUCAACAACAACAAACUGCUGCCAGUUCUGUUUCUUAGAAAAAAAAAUAUUAUUGUGAAGAAAAUAAAAUUUUUUUUUAUUAAUCAAUUGCCAUCAACUCAUCAUUGCCACACCUACACAACCAUAAAAACACAAAUAUUACAUAAUGAUGUUCAAUUAUUGUGCCUAAAAAAAAUAUAUAUAUAAUGCUGCCUUAAAAUAUCAUCAUCAAUCUUAAUGGAUUUCAAUCAAUGGAAAAAAGAAGCAAAUUUUAAUCUUAAAUAAUACUCGUUUAUAAUUUUGGAUGAUAAAGCCAACAAAAAAAACAAAACAAAACAAAACAAACCAAUAACACUUUUUCUUUGAUUUUUUUUU